UCCAGUCCAGUGAAACAGCUGCUGGGGUUUUUACAGAGCAGCAGCAGCGCAGGAGAUCCCUCAUGUUCCUCUCUGUCUGUAAUCCGUCUUCUGCUUACUGCUGGAAUCCCGUCAUGUGCCUUACAGGAGCGGAGAGAACCUGAGCGCGUGAAGAACAUUCAGGACGGUGUGUGUGUGUGUGUGUGUGUGCGUGUGAUUGUGUGCGUGUGAGCGUCUGUGUGUGCGUGUGCCCGCGUGUGUGUGAGUGUGUGUGAGCUGUUAAUCAUAUUUAUUGCACUGCUGAGAAUCAGAGACCGCGUGGGAAGUGAAUUGGCUGCUGUGUGUUUGAUGAUAUGAACGGAAACGAACCGGUUUUGGAAUAAUCUGGGAAUAAUCUGGGAAUAUUCGGGGCUGUUCACCCAGGAGCACCUGAAGGAAUUCUGGGACACUCUUCAGAUCAGUUUCAUUUCUCAGAGUCGCUCCAGUUGACUCAGGAGCUUUGGAAUCAUCUCCACCAUGAGGAGCAUCUCUGCUUUCUGCUGCCUGGUUCUGCUACCCACGUCGCUCACACUGGCGCUCAUCCAAGACCCCAAACUGUUAAACAUAACCAGGGAUCACCCAGAGAGCUACCUGCACAUUGGUGACGGAACAUCGGUGGAGUUUGAAUUUCCUGAAAACACAAAAGGUGUGAUUGUGAUUUCAAGCCGGUGGCGGAGCUGGAGACAGAAGGUGCGAGUGCUGUCCUUAGACCCUGAAGUGCUCUCCAUCCUGAACAUCAGCGACAGUGAUGGUAAGCGAGCCGGCCCGGCGAACAGCUACGUCAUCAGCAUCCGCUCCGGAUUCCCCGGAACGGCUCCGUUACUCAUCCAGCUGCUGGAUCUGGAGGGCAGUUCUGAGCCGGUUCUGAUCGAAGAGCGGAAGGAUUAUUCCAUCAGGGUGGCUCCAGGUGUCAAUGGAGAUGGAGACAUGUCUGCGCAGCUCGCUCACUUCUCAGAGAACCCUGUUUUGUUUGCUCUGCUGCCCCUCAUCUUCAUCAACAAGUGCGCGUUUGGCUGUAAGGUGGAGGUGGAGGUUCUGCGUGACCUCCUCCGCCGGCCCAUCCCGCUCCUGCUCGGGAUCAUAGGACAGUUCCUGGUGAUGCCGUUGUACGCGUACGGAGUGUCCCAGCUGGCCGGGCUGCCGAAAGCGCUCGCUCUGGGUCUCGUCAUCACGUGUUCGGCUCCUGGCGGGGGAGGGGGCUACCUGUACAGCCUGUUAUUAGGCGGAGACGUGACCCUGGCCAUCUGCAUGACCCUAGUCUCCACCGUGUUUGCGACAGCGGCCAUGCCUCUUUCUUCAGCCCUGUACGGGCGGAUGCUCGAUGUCCACGCCGCCCUCCACGUGCCAUUUGUGAAGAUCCUUGGCACGUUGCUGUUCAUUGCCAUCCCCAUCUCUCUGGGCGUGUGCGUGAAGCUGCGAUUUCCGUCGCUCACUCGGGUUCUGCUCGCCCUUAUACGCCCCUUCAGCUUCCUGCUCAUCGUGGGUGGGGUCUUCAUGGCGUAUCAGAUGGGUGCCUCUAUCCUGGCCAACGUGCAGCUCUACAUCGUGCUGGUGGGUGUCACCGUGCCGGUCCUGGGACUGCUGGUGGGCUUCGGGCUGGCGCGCAUGGCUGGACUGGCGGUGCCUCAGAGGAGAACGGUGGCCAUUGAGGUGGGCGUCCAGAACAGUCUGCUCGCCCUCGCCGUCAUGCAGCUGUCGUUCCGGCGCGUGGAGGCGGACUUCGCAUCUCAGGCACCAUUCAUUGUCGCUCUCAGCAGCACCAGUGAGAUGCUCCUGCUUGUCAUUGCACAUCUCACACACAGACGAUUCUGUCACACAGACAAAAACGAUUCUGAGACUUAACACACACACACACACACACACACACACACACAUACACACACACACUGAAACCAAAGACAUUCCUUUUUCUAAUCACAGAAUAAAUCUUAUGUAAGAGAUUUGUGAUAUUUUUCUAACAAACUUGUUUGUUUUGUACAUUUGUAUCUUGUUUACAAAUUUGUGUGUUUGUGUUGAGCUCUUGUUUGUCUCUAAGGAUAUAUAUAUUGAAUUGUGUGUGUGUGUGUGUGUGUGUGAGAGAGAGAGAGUGUGUGAAGUGAAUAAACCCACUUUAAAAGGGA